AUGAACGACAGGAUCUUUACUGCGCAGUCAGAGCUCAGGUUUAUGGCCAGUGACAACCGCUCCCAGCAGAAGCACCAGAGCGGUUUGAUGCUGGCAGCCGCUUUCCUGAUCAACCGCAGGUUUCUGGAUGCCAACUUUGACCAUACCGCCUUGACGGCAGAGGUAUGCUUCAACGUCCUCAGCGUGGAGCCGACCACCAUCCCGCAGGGGAAGGAUUUUUUCUCCCCGAUGACCAUGUCGUCGAGGUGCGGCCGCGUAACCACGAAGCUGGUUGACGAGCUGGCGGCCUCCCCCUGCUGCGGCGUUGUGGUCGGUGUAGAGCCUUCAGCCUCUUGCGGUGUGGUCCGAGACGACGAAGCCACCGGAGUCGGAGCGCUGCGUUUGCGCCGACUCUGCUCCUCGAAGAACAGCUGGGUCUGUGCCGCGUAG